AUGGAGUCUGGAAGAUGGCAGAUAAGGUGAAGCCUGAUAAGAAAAGGAAAGCUGCUGCCUCAUCACAAAAUUCAGGAAUGGAUAAUGUUUUCCUAAGAAGGAGCGAGAGGGUGCCUAAACGAUCUAGAGACACAAAAACUCCAUUCAAGUCUGACAGAAAUCCGGCUUUAACUGUAAUACCUAAGAUUAUACCUGCAGUUGAUCCGUUUUCAACUCCUGUGGAACAUAAGCUUUCAAGGCUUCAAAAUUGGAUGACAUUAAAGCCCGGCAUGCAUGAAACGUCCCUAUCAAUCAAUGAUAAUAAGAUAAGGAAAUCUUUCUUUCAAAGCAUGGAAAAUGCAAAAAAGGACCUUAAGAAAGAGCACAUUGAUGGAGCCUUUGCAAUGCUAAAUUGCAGAAGAAAUGAGAAUGCUACUUGGUUCCACAACUACAAGAUUCCAAAGGCGUGCUUCCUACCUAUGGAGUUCUUGCAUUGCUUGCUCUCUCAUGAUUUGGCUUACAAGAAAGAAAAGGUCAAAGGUAAAAAGAUUUUCAACGAUUUAUUUAAAGAUAUUGUAAGAGGGAAGGUAUAUCCAGAGAAGACAUGGGGAGAAGAUGUUGAUGUUGUGUAUGGGAUUACUCUUGGAAUAUUUCUUGUCAAGAUUCUGGAGUGCCAGUCAUUGAAGAUAGGAGACAUGACAAAGAUUAAUGAUGACAAUGCAUUGGAGCUAAGGAGAACCUUGUCUUGUGAGAUCUUCAACCAAUUUGUGGAUGAGAGCUUUGGGAAAUGAGAAUGAUGCAUCAAAACAUUUUUUGUUUUAGUUAAGACUCGGUUUUAGUUAUGACUGUUUAUUUUGUUAUGUUGUUGGCGUCUGGUUACAUAAGAAAGAUUGGAAGGAUAUCAAGUAUUUUUUUUGGGUAUCA